CGCUGCUUCUUCACGGACGGGCUGAAUUAAAAAGAGGGUUAAAAAAAGAAAGAAAACGCCUUUCUACAAACAAGCUGGUCGUUCGGCAGCUAUUCAAGCGUCUCGUUCUGUCAUGUUCUAGUCCCGUUUCCACCAUUAUGGUCGAAAACAUCCAUUCAGAGUCGAAGGUAGGCUGCGCAAACCACAUGUCGACUUUGUGAAACAGAAGACUGAAAAGCUGCCUUUUGGUUUGCAUGAGCAAAGGAGAAGGAGACUCGAACUUGACUACUCCCCCACUGGACUUUGAGGAGGGGGGGAGGAGCGAGAAGACAAGGCGGCUGCCAGCAUAACCCAUAGUAUGGGGCAAAAAGUCCCAGGAGGCAUCAAAACUAUUGAUAUGCGAGAUCCAGCCUUCAGCCCCCUGAAGCUGGAGCUGCAGGCCUUGAAUCACACCAAGCCUUCUCGACUGGACCUGCUGCUGGACAUGCCGCCCACCGGCGCCGACGUCCAGAUCCAGCACUCGUGGAACAACGACGACCGCUCGCUCAACAUCUUUGUCAAGGACGACAACAAGCUGGUUUUUCACCGGCACCCUGUGGCGCAAAGCACGGAUGCCAUCCGGGGCCGUGUGGGCUAUACGCGGGGACUGCACGUGUGGGAAAUUAGCUGGGCCAUGCGACAGAGGGGCACGCACGCCGUGGUGGGCGUGGCAACCAGCGACGCGCCGCUACACUCGGUGGGAUACACCGCGUUGGUGGGGAGCAACAGCGAGUCCUGGGGCUGGGACCUAUGUAGGAGUAAACUCUACCACGACAGUAAGAAUCAUUCGGGAAAAACGUACCCGUCCUUCCUUGAGCCGGACGACACCUUUAUCAUACCGGACUCCCUCUUAGUGGUUUUGGACAUGGACGAAGGAACUCUGGGUUACAUUGUGGACGGCCAUUAUCUAGGGGUGGCUUUCAAAGGACUCAAAGGCAGGAAGCUGUACCCAGUGGUGAGCGCCGUGUGGGGACACUGUGAAAUACGAAUCCGGUACAUAAACGGACUUGACCCUGAACCUCUGUCCCUAAUGGACCUGUGUCGACGCUCGGUCCGGGUGGCUCUCGGGCGAGAGCGUUUGAGCGAAAUCCACAGACUGCCCUUGCCGGCCUUUCUCAAGAACUACCUGCUCUACCAAUGACGGCACGGUUAAAGUUGAAUAGCGCUUCUCUCCUUUCUCACAUGUGCUUCUCUGGGAUCCUUCGUUCGACUCGUUUGACGGCAUUUCCGAAGCCAGUAGGACCGUCGAUGUUUCGUUUAUCACCGCGGUUGGACUCAUUUUCGGACUUCUUAUCUGAUUUUAAUAACUUUGUUGCUAUUGUUCUCUUAAAAAAAAAUCAAAUCAGGAAUCACUGAGCUCUAUGCACAUAUGCUGACCGGGGGGGGGGGGGGGUAUGCCCAGGCGGUCAAGUCAGAAUCUCUCAAAGACUGACAUUUUAAUAUUGUAUGAAAUUAUAUUAAAGGAAAAAUUAAGGUCCAGAGGAUAGUUGGACUUGUGCAAUGGCCACAAGGUGGCAGCAUAUACAUGUUAAUGCAAACAAGCAUGAGGCAAGCUCCUGUUCACUUCCAGUGAGGUUUUUAAGAACUGAUUUUUAAAAAAAUUGAAAUUCUGAGCACUCGCGAGACGUUGACAUUAAAUAGCUGAAAUCUUUUACAAUGUCACUGUGAUCCGUCGUUGCAUGUAUCUGCAAGAAAUGUUUGCAUUUUUUGAAUUUUUUGGUUUCCUACUGCCAUUUUGGCUUGACACCGUUAAAGGUUGGCACACAAAAAGUAGCUAAAUGGAACCAGCACAUAUCGGAACAUGUUUUACGCAUCAUCAAAACUCGACGAAGCAUACCGACAAUCCGUAAAAGUGCUGCUCUGAUGUCAUACGAGCGUUCCAAACAUUGUCAAAUGCCACGUAAUGUACUGUCAUGUCAUUCUGGUAUUUCCAGAUGUGCAGCUCUUGAGUCAGCACUCCUUUUUCCUUACUGCUUGCGUUUCAUUUGUAUUUUCUUGGUGUAGAUUUAUUUGUAUGUAUCUAUUAAAGAUUAUUUCUUGUUGA